CGAUGUUCUACGGCGCGGGAUUCUCGGCCCAGCUCUCGAGAAAACGGAAUUCUCGCCCUGCAGCAGAGUGAUGGGAGCGGCGAGAUGCCCCGUCACUGCUCUGCUGCUGGCUGCUGCACCCGCGACACCCGCGAGACCCGCGGCCGAGGCAUCUCCUUCCACCGGCUGCCCAAGAAGGAUAACCCGAGGCGUGUCAUGUGGCUGGAAAACUGUCGGCGCAAGGAUCCCAGCGGUCAGGGUCUCUGGGAUCCGACCUCCAAGUACAUCUACUUCUGUUCCAAGCAUUUUGAGAAGAGCUGCUUUGAGAUGAUGGGCAUCAGUGGCUAUCACCGCCUCAAGGAGGGGGCCAUCCCUACCAUCUUCGAGUCUUUCUCAAAAACACACAGAGCAGCGAAAGUAAAGCCAUCUGGGCAGGAGAGUGACAGCCCUAAGCUUGUCCGAGCUGGGAGGCGGUGGAGGCAUGAUCCUGGCCAAGUGGAACAGAAAGCCCCCUUCUGCGUGGAUGUCUCCUGCUUCCCUGAGGAGGAGCCAGUGUCAGCAUCCAGCCCUGCAGCAGCUCCUGCUGGGGAGCAUCGAAGCCUCCCUGCUGUGCCAGGGCCCCUCCCACAGAAGGUGAACCUGGAGGACAAGCAUGACGUGAUCCUUGCCAGCUUGUUGGACAUCCUCCUUGAGCACCCACCCGAGGCCACAGGAGGCGAGGAAGCCACAGCAAAACCUGCCCUGCCGGAGGCUGAGACUCCCCCUCUUGCCCCCGAACCAGUUCGCCCCGUCUCUCCUUCACUUUACAUGCUGCGCCUCCCGCCCCCUGCUGGUGCGUACAUCCAGACUGAGCACAGCUACCAGGUUGGCAGUGCCUUGCUGUGGAAGCGGCGGGCAGAAGCAGCACUGGAUGCCCUGGACAAGGCCCAGCGGCAGCUGCAGGCCUGCAAGCGGCGAGAGCAGCGGCUGCGCUUACGCAUUGGUGAGCUGCAGCGGGAGCAGCAGCCCCCCGCAGACAUGCACCGCCAGCUGAAGGAGCACCUCCAGGUGUUCGAGUUGCAGCUGCUAAAUGAUCUCGAGUGACCCUUCUCUCAGAUGCUGCAUCACACUGGUCUCCCUCACAGUACUGCCUAAUGGGGAGGCUCAUAGCAUCAUGUCAGCCACCAGCUGAGCUGGUUACAGGCUUGCAGUACCAGGUGGCCAGGGUUGUAUGGACAAGUGUGACAAUGGUGCUUCCUCUGCCUUUGUGCUCUUACUACAGACUUGGAGGGGCUGUAAAUAAAGAUCCUGUUUUAUAUGAA